AUGGAGUGGGACACGAGUCGCACGCCAACAACGUACUCUAACUAUUCGUUCUCAUCUCUGCCCUCGAAGCACGACGUGGACUACACAUAUUACGCAGUGCAUCCAGAAAAUGCGCCGAUUCUCGCUCAAGUAGCCGUAGAGAAACCAAAGACUCCUUUGAGGCGCCAUUUCAAUCCAUUCCGGCACCUGAUCCACCUCGUCGCUCUCGCAGCAUCUGGCGCCGUCCUGCAGCUGAGCUUUCGAAAUGUAUAUUGGUCCGACGAGACUGAAUGGGAUCGGAAAUGGUACUUGCUAGGACUUGGCCAGCAGGAUACCCUGAACGCGCUUCAGUUUGUCGCCAAGAUCCAUGAGAUUCUCAUAGUCGCAUCCCUGAGCAGCCAGGUCAUCCACAUCGCUCGGAGGAAGUUGGUCGGAGAGAAUGGCAUCCCUUUUGGCCUGCUGGUGGGUGCAUACCAGGUUGGUUCUGCAGAGUACCUUUUCAGUGGUGGCUUUGGUUAUCCGUUCUUGAAAAGCCUGCGCCCUUUCACGUGGAAGCCUUUCAUUUUUGCACUGGGGCUCGCCUUGGCUAUCAUCUACGCCAAUAUGGUCGGUCCAGCUUCAGCUAUUGCAGUCAUUCCGAACCUGGAUUGGUGGCCAAUGCGCGACCCAUACUCCGGACGCGCCCUCAAGUCCUACAUUGGGCUGACUCUAGACGAGAGCUACCCUCUCUCUGUCUCAACCGAUGCCAUGACGGAGGCGUGGAUCGAAAGUUGCAAUGCACAAAACCCGCCUACUAUUUGCCCAGCUGGAGGCUAUAACAGCAUCUCAGAAUGGGCGAUUGCUUGGUCUCAGGAAGGGAUCGUGUACGAUAUUCCAAUGUCGGGCUCAUUAGUGAGAGCCAAGAGGGAUCUAGCUUUUCGGUUCGCUCGCUCGUCGGCAUCUAGCCCAGGUGUAGCAAUGGCCCUCACCUUGAAACAGUCAGCAGCGACGAUGGCAGACCUGUUCUGGCAGUACGUCAGCACGAACAAAAUCGGAACAAUGAGCGUCGUGGAACGGCCUCUACUGACAAGUUCAGAUGAAUCAAAACUUCUUGCGCCACUUGUACAAGUGCAAUGCAGCAACUAUGACUACGACGCUGCCCGGGAAAGCCAAAGCGAUUUGCUCUUCGAUACAUCUCUUCUCAGCAACUUUUCUUCAACCAACUAUUACAGGAAAGGGUCUAAAUGGGAAGUCCCAAGGGAAUACUGGAACUUCGCACACCCGACGAACGUCUUGAACUUUACUUGGAUCGAUGCUUCCCAUCUCUCAACCCAAGAUGGCCAAAUUCAUGCUUCCAUCGGGGCCCUUGCAACUGUGCCUUCUGUUUAUUCCGAGACAUGGGACAACGGAAGUCAAACAUACACUCAAAAAAGUACACUGGUGCCUUGCAUGAUAGAUGCACGCUGGACGGCAGCUCAGUUGAACUAUGACCCAAAGAACAGCCUGGUCAUCAAACACAAUUUGACAGAUCUGUCGGUAUUUCUCGACCCGGCUGCUAGCCAGCCAGAUGGAAGAAGGAGACUAGGGCUAAGCGAAACAAUAUCGAUUGAACCACGCUGGGCCGAGUUCCUGGACGCAAAAAAGCCUGGGUACAUUGAUACAAGGAACGGAAGCAUAUACCAAGAUAUGAGUUCCGUUCAGAAUCUUUUCCACGUUUUUACUACGCUCAGUUCAGACGGUGAAGGCAAUGGAUACUACGGUUUCGCGCCUCCGCAGAAUGUCACCAACCAGGACUACUACACCAAUAUAUCCAGUAUUGUGGCUGGCAUUAUCAGUAUGGUUGUGACAGAUGGUCUUGCACGGGAGUCACACGGCUCAUCUCUCAUGGAGCUUAAACCCGAGACAGACGGGAACGUCACCCUUGUAAACUUGCAAUUUCUUGCUGGAGGUUCGAGGAUGGAACCUUUCCAGUCACCGGCGCAAAGCCUACGCGACUACGUGCCAAUCAGCUUCACCAUUCAAAGAUGGGGCUGGGGUUAUGGCUUGAAGUCACAAACGGUAUUGUUCGCCGUGUCCGUGCUCUUUGUACACGCUGGAUUGUGCACAUGCUAUUUCAUCGGAACAUUCCUGUUCUGGGCGUGGAAAGGCGGGUGGACAAGUCAUGCUUGGAAGGAUGUGGGCGAGUUGGUCGCAUUGGCUCUCGUGUCUCGGGAACCCAACGAGUUCCGUAAUACUGGAGCUGGGAUAAAGGAUCGGAAAACUUGGAGUGCGACAAUGAACAUCCGUGAGCAUGGUGAUUGUGGCAUUGAGCUGGUUGCAAAUCGAGAUGACGGGAGAAUGGCAAUGAACGAAGGAUUGCUGAGAGUUCGUAAGAAAUACGGAUCUUAG